AUGAAGUUGAUUGCGGCACUCGCUCUGUUGGUGACGGGCACCGGUCAAACUUUUGCCCUGAUCAGUUCACCAAAGAUCCCCAAAGCCGAGUCAGCACUCCUUGUACUCCAAUGUCCUAUCGCCGACUUGGACGUGAGCCAGGACUGCAAAGACCUCGGGUUCUAUUGUGACGAUAACAACGAGGUCAAGACGAAAAAAUCGGGCCAUGAGGAGUCGCCGUGCUUUGACUGGUGUAAAUGCGUCGCUGAUAUGUAG